AUGGUAUAUUUCCAGAGCUCAAUCUCCGUCGUAGACAAAUCUCCGAUCACCAUGGCGAACUCAGACCAAAAGCCAAGGAGCAACAGAAAACCAACAAGCAGCAGCUGCUCCAAUUUCCCAAUCUGCUGCGACGGAUCUCGAUCAGCUGCGAUCGACGUGCUGAUCCUAAUCGCGGUGAUCACGUCCUCUGGGUUUUUGAUCUUCCCUUACGUCAAAUUCGUCGCCGUCAAAUCCGUGGAAAUCUUCUCGGAGCUCUCUUGCUUAGUCAAAGAAGAGAUUAUCCGUAACCCGGAUCCGAUCGUUUACGGGUUGAUAGCGUUGAGCAUCUCGUGCACCGCGUUAUCUGCUUGGAUGAUUGUGAUACUCUUGUGUAGUCGCCAUAAAUGUGGGAAGCCGAAUUGCAAAGGGCUUAGGAAAGCUAACGCGGAGUUUGAUAUUCAGCUGGAGACGGAGGAUUGUGUUAAGAGCUCUGGUAAUGGAAGCUCGAGCGGGAAGAGUGUGAGCAAGAAGGGGCUGUUUGAGCUGCCUCGUGAUCACCACCGUGAGUUGGAGGCGGAGCUGAAGAAGAUGGCUCCGCCGAAUGGACGAGCCGUGCUGGUUUUUAGGGCGAAAUGUGGGUGUUCUGUUGGGAGAUUGGAGGUUCCUGGUCCUAAGAAGCAGCAACAGCAGCAGAGGAAGAUCAAGAAAUGA